AUGAGUAGUGAUACUUUGGACGAUCCAUUAUCCGUGGAUCAGAUUAAGGUUCUUGCAGAGGAUCUUCAAGUUAAAGAAGUCCCAGAGUCAAAUGAAAAUACUUUAAAACCUAGAAAAUCCAUUAAUGGUGGGAGAAAGCACAGAAAAGCUUUAAGAGACAGAGAUCCAGGACCAAGAUCUUCAAGUCCUGAUGGAAUAAAGAAAAUUCCACCAAAAAUUCAUAACAAGUUAUACUGUGAACAAGUUAAGAAAAUAAAGAGAACUCCAUCAACUGUAUUGAGUAAGAUUAAUAAUGAUGAAUUGAAGUCAGUAAAAUCACAUACCGAAUUGGCAGAAACUGCUAAUGGUGUUAGAAUGUUAGCCAGAAACUUAUCAAGAGCUACUAUCCAAUUGGAUGUCAAAACCAUUAUGAUUGUUACCAAAGCCAGAGAUAAUGCAUUAAUCUAUUUAACUAAAGAAGUGGUAGAAUGGUUUCUUUAUCGAAAAAAGAAAAUUACCAUUUAUGUUGAUAGUAAAUUGGAAAACCUGAAAAGAUUCAAUUUACCGGGAAUAAUCGAAAACAAUCCAGAUGCUCAAAAAUACAUCAAAUUUUGGAAUAAAGAAUUCACUAGUAGUAAUCCCGAAACUUUUGAUUUAGUAUUGACAUUAGGAGGUGAUGGUACAGUUUUAUAUGUAUCGAAUUUAUUUCAACGGAUUGUUCCACCAGUUAUAAGUUUUGCUCUAGGAUCAUUAGGAUUCUUAACUAAUUUUCAAUUCGAUGAUUUCAGACAUAGAAUGUUGAAUGUAUUAGAGAGUGGAGUCAAAGCUAACUUAAGAAUGAGAUUCACGUGUAGAGUUCAUAAGGCUGAUGGACAAUUGGUUUGUGAACAACAAGUAUUGAAUGAAUUAGUUAUAGAUAGAGGACCAAGUCCGUUUGUAACAAAUUUAGAAUUAUAUGGAGAUGGAUCAUUAUUAACUAUUGCUCAAGCUGAUGGAUUAAUUAUUGCAACCCCUACAGGAUCAACAGCUUAUUCGUUAUCAGCAGGAGGAUCAUUAGUUCAUCCUGGUGUUAGUGCUAUUAGUGUCACUCCAAUUUGUCCUCAUACAUUAUCUUUCAGACCCAUUUUAUUACCUGAUGGAAUGUUCUUAAAAGUGAAAGUCCCAUUUACUAGUCGAUCUACUGCUUGGGCAUCAUUUGACGGGAAAGUUAGAACCGAAUUAAGUCAAGGUGAUUAUGUAACCAUCCAAGCAUCUCCUUUCCCCUUCCCAACAGUGAUUUCAUCCAAAACCGAAUAUAUUGAUAGUGUCAGUAGGAAUUUACAUUGGAAUGUCAGAAAACAGCAGAGACCUUUUACUGAUUAUAAAUUAAAUGAUGUUAGUGAUGAUCAUUUAGAACAAAGAUUUGAUAAAUUGAAUCUAGCCAAUGAAAAUAUCGCCAUCAUUGAUGAUGAUGAUGAAUUCGAUAUCAAUUAUAGUAAUGAUGAAGAUGAAUCCCAAUAUACUAAUAAUAAUUCCUCAGUAAAUUUAAGUAAGAGUAAUUCCUCAAAUGAUAAUAUCACCAGUAAUUUAACACAAAAAUUGAAUGCUAUUACUGAUAAAGAAAAAGAGAUGAACGCGUUAAGUACAACUACCACCCCAUCCGAUGAUGAUGAUUUCCAUUAUUUACCUUCGCCUGGAGGUGGUUUAAGUACCCCACCAUCACAUGCAAUUUCAUAUACCAAUCUCGAUGAUAGGCAUUGUUUUGCUCACCCUAACGCCAAAGUUACUUUUAGUUCUUCAUCUACAUCUUCAGAUAUGAGUAGUAAUUACUAA